AUGACCGGCAAACCAGGAAAACCUUAUAUUAGUCCUGAAUACCGGCGUGUCAACCCCUCAGAAGACCUACCUAAACCAAGCUAUGGCAGCGCUGUUGGGCUCACUUGCCCUGGCUGUCCUCCAAGCAACAUGCGAUCACUGACCUACAUCAAAGCCGGUGAGGAUACCGUGAAAGUCCGGUCCCAACCACUAUUAUCGAACGUUCUUCAUCAACCAGCUCAAUCACGAGAUCUCAAUGAUCAACGCUGGAAUGAAAUACCCAAUCCCGUACGACCGGUCUGCUCAUGGACCAUCGAUCAACAUUCACGACCGCCGAAAAACAUUGACCGGCGGGCCAUACUGGCUGUGUCCGACAACACUGCAAAUCGUGCUGUCAGGCUUUCGGUACUCCAGGUGAUUGCUACGUACACCGAGAUAAGCCACCCGCCCAGCAAAACCCACCUUCAGCAAACGCAAUACCUCGGCAAGAACAACCUGCACCUAAAAGACCCAAGAUUAUACCAGCUCAGUGCGCCCAAAGUGUGGGCCGAGUCGGACGGAUCCUUCCGUUCGAAAGCAUGGCCGUACUUGAACGAGCUCGCGAGGAACAGACACAACGAAAGGCCUCCAAUCCUGCUAUCGACGAAGGAUAUCCGUCCACCGGUCAUCACUCACCAUUUCAAGAAUUGGCCGGUCGCCAUCUUUGCCGACUGCCCUGGGCUUGUGCGCCAGGCCAAAGAGGCCGCCGGCGCCUCCUGGGAUGAGCACGUGCUUGUAUGGGAUGAAAUGGUCAGGAACUGGCGUGACAUUUCGGUGUGUAUCCCCAACCGAUACCAGUCCACGGCCCGCAAUUUGGUCAACUGCCUACCCAGCCAGCAAACAGCCCUCACUGAACAGCUUCAGGACGCCCUUGAAAGUCUUGGUUUGGGCAAACCAAUGCUGCCAAAGCCACCAGGCCCUAUAUCAUCUUCAACUGCAGCCGAUAUUGCCAACAACCACUUAAGAGACCCAAUCCAGGUUUUAACGUCAGCACCCCAGCAAUACCCUUCCAAAGGUCAAGUUGGUUCUUCCGAGAAUCCCAUAUCCUUUCUCGACAAACCCGACUCGGACUCGGAAUUCAACGCUCACAAUCUGCAGCAAGAUGGACGAAUGUCGCCGGUCACCGCCAACCAAACGGCUCAUCCUUCCACGCCUGAUACACUUCUCAGCCGGCCGGACCAGCCUGUCGCUGGUCACGAUGGAACGUUGCUGACAUGUCCUCCCGGGGUUCAAAAGUUGGACCAGAAGCCCUUUGCUAAUGUGAUGUUACAAGAAUGGCCAGGAGAAGACCUCCUCGUGUCCUCUUUGCUGGAAUGGUUCGAUGCUUCCUCGGUGCGAGGCACUCGAGUACCGCAGUGGAUUGUCCGCUAUGGAAGCACCUACCGGUUUAACGAGCAAACCAUCAAUCGCUACUGGCGAUUUAUCGACAAAGUCAAAAACCCAACCAUGCGCCAAUGGUUCCAAGAAUGGCCUCAAGUUGGAGUCGUUAAUCAACACAAUCUCCGGGUCAGUCAAGCACGGCAUACUUUUCAGCGCGAGUUCAACGAAGUCAGCAAGUUGAAGACCACGAUCGCUUCGGAACGUCUUCUGGACAAGCCUUCGCGGGGCCACAAGCGUAAAGGCAACAGCCACGCCAUAUCUUCGAGUGCCACGCCUCCCUUACACUGA